AUGUUAAUAAAUACAAAUUUAAAAAUAAAUAAUGAAGAAAUUUUGAAUAAAAAAGAAAUUAAAAAACGUCAAAAGAAAAGUGAACAAAAUUUAAAAAAUAAUUAUAGAAAUGUGGAAAUUGAAAAUAAUUUAUUUUCUCUAUCAUUUAACAAUGAUGGACUAUUAAAUGAAGUAAAAGACAUUCGCCGUUCUAAUAAAACAUUUAAAUUAAAUCAACAAUUCUUUUAUUAUAAAGGAAUGGGAAAUAAAGAUUUAGAUGGACAUUAUCAACAGGCUUCAGGCGCUUAUAUUUUCCGUCCAAAUGGAAGCGAGCCCCACCCAUUCGAAGGGCCUAUCCAAAAUAUUCAAGUUAUUAAGAAUUUGUUAGUACAAGAAGUUAGACAAACAAUAAAUCCUUGGAUUAGUCAAAUAAUUCGUUUAUUUCCAAAUAAGCCAUUUAUUGAAUUUCAAUGGAAAAUUGGCCCUUUACCAAAAAAUAAAACCCUGCUUGAGUCAAUUGAAGUAAUUACUAAAUAUACAAUUGAUGGAUUUAAAUCUUCUCAAGUUUUUUGGACUGACGCAAAUGGUCGUCAAAUGAUUAAACGUAAGCGUAAUGAUCCUGAACGAUUUUACGAAGGCUCAGAACCAGCAGCUGGAAAUUAUUUCCCAGUCAAUUCUCGUAUUUGGAUAGAGGAUAGUUCUGAUCGUAUGACAAUUCUUACUGAUCGUUCCCAAGGUGGAGCAUCUUUAAAUGAUGGACAGAUUGAAUUAAUGCUUCAUCGUCGAUGCUUUUUUGACGAUGCUUGGGGUGUUGAAGAGGCUUUGGAUGAGCCUGGGGAGGAUGGAAGAGGAUUAAUUGUACAGGGAAAACAUUGGCUUUUACUUAAUGAAAAAACUGUUGAAGAACAUAGACCUUUAACUUUUGAUAUUUUUGAGGAAAAUGCUCCACAAACAAUUGCAUUUAUUCCUUUAGAUAAUUUAAUUAAAGGAAAUAUAAGCCGUUAUAGAGAACUUUACAGAACUGAGUUUUCCGGUAUUUCACCAAAUUCAUUACCUCCAACCAUAAAUAUAUUAACAUUAACACCAAUUGGUAAUAAAACAAAUGAAGUAUUAAUUCGUCUAGAACAUUUUUACCAAAAAAAUGAAUUAAAAGCAACAAAUAUAUCUUCAAAUAUUGUGGAACAUAUUGACCUUAAAAAACUAUUUCUCCCUCAUUUUAACGUUAUCACUGCUGAGGAAUUAACUCUUGGUGCCGAUCGCUCUGUUGAAACCAAUAAAACAAAACAAAAUGAUGAUUCUAAUUUAAUUAUUUCAUUAAAACCAAUGGAGAUUAGAACAUUUAAAUUAAUUAUUAAAUAA